CAUCAGGAUUUCGAUUUCCUUGACUUGGAUUUUUUGGGGGGUUUGGUUUAUGGGUUCACAAGACAAACGUGGCGGGAACGUUGAACAUGCUUGGUCUAGCAAAGAGGGUUGGGGCGCGGUUCUUGCUGACGAGCACCAGCGAGGUCUACGGCGACCCCCUGCAGCAUCCUCAGGUGGAGACCUACUGGGGCAACGUCAAUCCAAUCGGGGUGAGGAGCUGCUACGACGAAGGAAAGCGGGUUGCUGAGACGCUGACCAUGGACUACCACAGAGGUGCUGGCAUUGAGGUGAGGAUCGCUCGGAUAUUUAACACGUACGGGCCUCGAAUGUGCAUCGACGACGGUCGAGUGGUGAGCAAUUUCGUCGCGCAGGCGCUGAGGAAGGAGCCGAUGACGGUCUACGGCGACGGGAAGCAGACAAGGAGCUUCCAAUACGUUUCGGACUUGGUAGAGGGCCUGGUGCGGCUGAUGGAGAGCGAGCACAUUGGUCCAUUCAAUCUUGGCAACCCUGGAGAGUUCACCAUGUUGCAGCUAGCUGAGGUGGUCCAAGAGACGAUCGACCCAAAGGCUAGAAUCGAGUUCAAGCCCAACACGGAAGACGACCCGCACAUGAGGAAGCCGGACAUUACGAAGGCGAAGGAGCAGCUGGGCUGGGAGCCGACGGUGUCGCUCCGGAAGGGACUUCCGAUGAUGGUUUCCGAUUUCCGGCAGCGCAUCUUCGGCGAACAGAAGGCUUUCUCCGCUUGAUUUUGUGGGUUGAUGCUGAAUCAGGCGUAUGUUAUUAGUGUAGCAAUGAAAUAUGGAGUGAUCAUGAGGAUUAGAAAUAAUCUAAUUAUUAAGAAAAGAAAAUGGUGUUUGUUCCGGUAAUUAAACGUUUGGUAGAUUUUCUUUUGACUGGUUUUGAUCAUCUUUUUACCCCCCUACUUUGUUUGUUCUUAUGUCGAGACAUCAAAUGAUAAUGCUUGAUAGAUUACCCCUCCACCUUCGAAUUCAAUAGAAUGAACGGUGUAGUUUUCGUUUUACUGCUAUGGUGUAAGGUCUGCAGUUGUGACAAAUUUCCCCAAGGCAACUUAUGUUAGCAAUAUUCAUUGUUGAUUGGUAGUAUUAUUAAUUGUGAGUUAGGGAUUUAAAGAGUAGGAUUAGGGUUAAUUUUGGGAUUUUGGGUGUCUUUUAUUAAAAAUAUGUGUUUUGGGUUUUACGUGUUAAUCAAGAAAGUUAAUACGAAAUUAUCAAACCCUAGUCUAUCUUUCUCUUUCUUGUCUCUCUUUCUCUUUCAAAAGGCCUCUGCCGUUCUUCCUUACAUUCCUAAAAUCUUAUUCCAAUUUCCAAUUAUUAUAUUAUAAAUCACUAAAUACCUAUCAAUUCUCAAUUUCACAACCUGAUCGCUAGAACCCUAAAAAUAGGUUUCUAACAACAUACCAAGAGUAAAUACAUAGAAGAAACCAAGUUAAUGAGGACUCCAUCAACCUAUGGUAAUAUCAAGAGUCAUUAUGUCAAACUUCAUAAAUUCUCUCUCAAUUUUGAUAACACACUAGACAUCUUUAGGACAACGUAAGAAAUAUCGAGAUAUUGUUUAGCUUAACUAACACGUAUGAAAUAUCAUUUACAUAUUCCACCAUAAUUGUUAACUAUAAAAUAUUUUUUUUCUCUUGCCAUCUUCACACAUCAAUUUUUUUAUUAAAUCUGUAAUAACUUUAUUAAUAAGACAUCGUGUCUACGUUAUCCAACAAACUCAAAUCAACAAGAAUCAUAAGGGGCCUAUCAAACCAAACUUUCCUCUCAUUCCAUCUAGUCUCAUUAUGAGCCGUGAUAUGAGCUGCUAUGUUUCCUUCUCUUGGAGCAUACUGCUAAGUUCCAUUCCCAAUCUCCCGAAGAAGCCUAAGGAUAUUACGACAUAUGACACCAAUUUCUGUGUUUAUAUUAUCCGCCGCCACCGCCCACCAACUUAUGGGUAAGCGAGAGGCAUUCUGUUUUAAGGACCAAGUUUGUCAUAUGAGAAUGGUAUGCUAACUACAUGUCGAACUCUGCUGCUAAGGCUUCCGCCAUCUCAGGUUCCCAGCUUCCCGGAAUUUUCAUUGAUGCCGCAAGGUGAAACUUCCUUUCAUCAUCGCGUAUGACUACUCCCAAUCCUAUACCCCCAGACUACCGGACGUAUGCAUAUUCAUGCAUCUAUGGAGAUUGUUUAACAAUAAACUUACCCUAUUUUAUUGAGAAAAUGACAUGUUUCUCAAAUCAGCGUACCCAAAACCUCUUAUGUACAUGUAGUGAUGGCAAUUUGAACCCGCCACGUGGGUAUUACCCGAUUUGACUCGUGAUAGAGCAGGUAUUAUACGACUCAUAGUAGCGUGGGGCAAAGCAUGGAUAUCUACUUCCGACCUGCCCUGUCCGGCUGCCCCGCCCCGUUCUUAACCCAUUUUAUCUCAAUUUCUUACGCAAUCUAUACAUAAUUUUCUUUUAUUUUGACUUUUCUUCAACUAGUUAGAGUCGAUAUUUCAACUUGUUUGACUAAAUUACCCAUUCUAUU